AUGGAUGACUUCAGCAUAAUUGAGAAGGCUAUUGGGGGUGCCAGUUUGCCAGUGGCAGUCAAGGAGUCUAACGACAAUGGGACAGUCGACCCUAGCAUCACAAAGACGGCCCGGAGCCUGCAGGGCAUGGUGAAUACCCUCAUGUCCGACAGCAUAGAGCUUAGGAGGAGACUGAGCACAAUUGAAGCCAAAGUGGCAAGUAUGGAUGCGGUCUUCAUCAGGCCCUGGAAGAAGAUUAGCGUCACGUUACCCAAUGAGAGCACCGUCGGAGACAGAGAUAUGAGGCGAAGUUCUCUCUUUAGCAAUGAUGAUUGUGACGUCCAACAUGGUGUAACGUUAGAUCCCUGGGACAAUACAUCGCAAUAUGCACCAACACCUGGCAAUCUCCAACGUUCACCCAACUCCUCGCCCGAACGCACAUUUCCUUCCAAUCUUGCAUCUCCACAAGAAGAGGCUGCGCAAGAUAAUAGCCUUCCAUUACUCCAGUUCGGCGACUGGGAGGAAGGUCGGACUUAUGAUGAGGAUCCACCAGCCUGUAUUCACUACUUAAUUGAGUGGAAAAUUACACUCAAUAACAGGACAGUGGCAAAGGAUACUGAGCAAGAUCUUGUCCUAGCCCCUCGCUUCUACUGGAGGCUCUUUCUGCAGCCAAAGCUGAAAGAGCUGCUUAUUCGAAAGUAUCCACAUCGGAAACUCGAAUCGGAUGACACCUCUGUUGUGGUUUCAGCCACACGGCAGAAAGGCCUUACCCGGAGAUUUGACAGGACCGAUGUUGACUGGUCCUCUAUAGAGAAACAGCUCUUUGAUUGGGGAGAUCUCUUUCUUGCUGGCAAGACGCUGAGACUUGGUAUCUCGUUCAAUUAUACAGAGAACACAGUGGGCUCCACCGCCAACCGCACGACGACUGAUAAACGAGGUGCUUCUUCUGCCACUCAGCGCAUGCUCCAAGAGCGAGACCAACAGAUCGGGGCCGAGGAAGAAAUAUUGGGGGAACCUCCCGCCUGGAAGAUGGUAUAUGCUCUGAUGCGCUGUCCUGGGUCUUGUGACUCAGGCCCUCAUUGUUGGCAAGAUCCUUAUGGAAAGAAGCACUACAAGCUGUACCGCGACCAGCUGGAGAGCCUGGUGAAAUACGUGCAGUGUGGAGGGCUUUUGCAAUCACACGAAGAUGUCCCCGGUAUGAUCCGCGAACAAAUAUAUAGAGCGGAGAGGCAACGGCUUGAUAGGCCAAGGUCUAAUAACCGUCCUAAUGCCGAGUCAAGCUGCCCACCUAUUACUAUCACGAAUGUCCUUCCAGCACAAGCUCCGCAGACAGCCGAGUUACCCGCACUUCCAUCUCCAGAGAAUGGUACUGCUUCUCCUGUCCAUAUGCCUGAACUUCAUGUCUCAGGCUUUCUUGACGUUGCUGUAAGAGAAUACAGUGCCUGGCAGCAGUCACGCUUAGGUGAUGAGGAAUUGAAGACCGAGGUUAAAAAGGCGUGUGAUGUCGCCCUGGAUGAUGGGUUAGAUUUGGCCCAGAUUGAUGAGGACAAAGACCCUGACUACUUCACGAAGCGCGGUGUCAAGUGGGGUAUUGCUCGCCGUUUUGUGAAGGACAUUAGGUUUUGGGUUGACAACUAUAAUGGUUGUGUGGAUACGACAGGUAAUGUCUCAUACGAGAACUGGUUAUGA